CUCGGGGCUCCGUGCAGGACACUGGGGAGCUGCUCAUGCGCUUUGCUCUCAGUUAAGCCCAGUCGUGGACUCGUGGACGAAAAGAUCCGGAUUCUGGUGAGAAAUUUAAACCCGAGCCAGGAGGUGACACUUCACUGUCUGCAUCAGUCAGAGGAUAAAGACUUUUGGCAAGCAUUUGGACAUUACGCAAGCGAUGAAUGUGGCACUGUCGCAGUGGCAAAGGACCCGAGUGUUGGAGGCACGUACACAGGAGUCGAGCCCAUGGCACUGUUGUGGAGCCUGAGGCCAGUGCCAGGCAGCCGGACAGGACUGAGAUUGCGAAAGCGAGAUGUCCCCUCGCCCAUGAUAUUCUCCAUUUCUGUGUAUGAUGGACACAUUACUCAGGAUUUUAACCAGCUCACACCAUUAGUCACCACCAUCAUAGAAAGAUGGUACAUGGCUCCAGGUGUGCAAAGAGUCGAUGUACGUGAGAAAGGAGUUCGAGGGACUCUGUUCAUCCCUCCAGGACCUGGACCGUUUCCAGCUGUGUUGGACUUGUGGGGUGGAGGUGGAGGCCUGGUGGAGUAUCGGGCUGCCCUGCUGGCGUCACAUGGCUUUGUUGGUUUUGCUCUGGAGUAUAUAGAGAAUCUGGAGUUUUCCAAGGAAACAGAAGGCACCAGUAUCCUUUAUUUUGAGGUAGCGUAUCAGAUAAUGCACGACCAUCCCAAGGUGAUAAGAGACAGAGUGGCUCUGUUGGGCCUUUCAUUUGGUGGAUCUGUUGCUUUAUCUAUGGCUGCCUACUCCUCUGUCAUUAAGCCCCGGUGUUGUGUAUGCAUCAGCUGCAGUCAUGUCACUCCUAUACGUGAUACAUUGUCUGAAGUCUAUGCAAGGAUGAACAGAAUGUUUUAUAAAGCACGAGUAAAGGACAAUCAGGUCAUCUGGAGAGAUGUCAUCUUGCCCAUCCCAACAGAUCCAGCUGAGAAACUAGAUGUUGGCAAGAUAAAAUGUCCGCUGCUUUUGGUGGUUGGAGAUGAUGAUCAGAACUGGGCCGCACUGGAGUCUGCUGAAGAUAUGGAGAGAAUGACUGAAAAGGCAGGCAAUCGGCAUUUGCUUAAGAUCCUCAUCUAUCCUGGUGCAGGUCACCUGAUUGAGCCACCUUACACACCACAUCACAGAGCAAGUAACUUCAUGGUUGCUGGCAAAGAUAAAGUGAUCAUGCUUUGGGGUGGACAGACCAGACCUCAUGCAUAUGCCCAAGAGGACUCAUGGGAAAAGAUUUUAAACUUUUUACAGCAGCAUCUCUGCAAUGCAUCUCCACAGGCCCGACUGUAGUUGUGUAAUAAAGUUAUCUUCUUGUGCCAAAUAACACACAAAAUAA